CAACAACUUACUAUACAGGAAAACCGCGCCCUCGUGGGCCGGGUUCGUGUAUAUAAUAGAUGACACGACUCAUCCAUCAUCUUUGAUUUGCUUCCAUCUUCUCACCAUCCAAAUCUCGAACAAUCUGAGGCGUGACGUCAAUCAGUUGCAGCCCACCUACUUUUCGACUCUUUCGAGUACCUUCCCCAGCUACCAAUCUCUCCAACCGACAUCACCGCAAUACCUGCCUAUCUACGUGGUAUCUUCCAUCUCCAAGUCUCAUAAUGCAUUCAAUCCAUCACCUCGCUACAGGCUGCUCUAGCUACCUUUACUACGGCGGCUCCCUCGGUCAACCGCCGCGCCGCCUUCUACGUCUGCUACAAUAACAGGCUCCGCGGCGACUGCUCAGUCGACCCCUUCGCCAUCCCUUGGUGCCCGGACUACGAGACAGGCACCCACAAGCCCUUGGAGGUCUCCAAUAAGCGCCAUGCCGACCACACCGUUUGUGCCCCAGGCACCGGCUACUUCCAGUCCUGCUCCAACGGUUUUCGCGGCUGCUGCAACGCCGAUACCUACUCUGGCUCGGGCCAGUGUGCGGAUAGUACAAGGAACGGCACUUCCAAACCUGACUCUGCUUGACGUUCAGCCCCCGAUUAAAGUGUCUGCCUGCCGGCACGGGAUGCCACGAGAGUUGUGGCUUCAAGCUCAAGGGUUGCUGCGUUUACUUGCAGAGCCCGGGUUACGAGUUGAACGGUUCAUAAGGGUAUGUUUCGAUGUUUUGAUCCCUUUUGGGUCUGGUUGCGGUAGUACCUUAUUGUAUUGCAUUUGGCGCUAGGAGAAAGGUCAAAUGGAGGGACGGAUACAAGAUCACAUCAUUUAGCAUUCGUUUAUCAUUUAACAAAGCUUGGAUAUAUGUGGCAUUUUCAUCCAUUCAUUGGCAUCAGCAUUCUGUAGGGGCAAUAGUACGGUUGGCUUUCAUGCAAAUUUGAGG